UCUGGAGUAACAGUGAAUGAUGAAGUCAUAAAGGUUUUUAAUGACAUGAAAGUAAGGAAAUCUUCAACCCCAGAAGAGAUUAAAAAAAGAAAGAAAGCCGUUCUCUUCUGCUUAAGCGAUGACAAAAAACAAAUAAUUGUAGAGGAGUCAAAGCAGAUAUUGGUUGGUGACAUUGGAGAUACUGUGGAGGACCCCUAUACAGCCUUUGUGAAGUUGCUACCUUUGAAUGAUUGCCGAUACGCUUUGUAUGAUGCCACAUAUGAGACAAAGGAAUCUAAGAAAGAAGACCUGGUAUUUAUAUUCUGGGCUCCUGAAAGUGCACCUUUAAAAAGCAAGAUGAUCUACGCAAGCUCUAAAGAUGCCAUUAAAAAGAAAUUUACAGGUAUUAAACAUGAGUGGCAAGUAAAUGGUUUGGAUGAUAUUAAGGACCGUUCAACACUUGGAGAGAAAUUGGGAGGCAACGUGGUAGUUUCACUUGAAGGAAAACCCUUAUAAAAAGACAGACAAGUGCCAUCUGGAUCUAAGGAGCUUCCAUUUCUGCAGCUCAUUCAAUUGGAAUAGCAUUAGUCUCCCUGUCCCCUUCCCUCCUCAAAAAAUAAGUCCCUUCCCUAAUGCCCCUGAAGGAGAUGUCAUUGUUAAGCAGUCUACCAGCGAUUGCCAUUAGACUGUUUAAUCCUGGUAGUUUUAUGUAGGAUCCAAGGAAUGCUUUCACGUCAUACUCUUAGCCAAAACUGACGUUGCAGGCAUUCCUUGCAACAUGUACAAUGAAUGUGAUAGUUAAUGUGAAUAGUCUAGCAGACAGCAAAGGGUAAGCUAAUUGAAUGCCUUGAAAGUAUUGUCCACUGGUCGGAUGGUAGACUCUAUACAGUAUUACUUACAGUUGCACUUGAUUGCAGUUCCAUGAGGCUCUUGUGCAUUCAUACACCUCACCUGCCUUGACAAGCCUAUUUUUGUGACAUGGCAGCACACAACACUAUGCAUUUAAAGCACUUUUUUGUAAUAUGUUUGACCCCCCCGCCCCCCCCAAAGGAAUGCCAAUUAAGUUGCUGUAACUGUGUCAUCAAAUUAUUGUAGUACCUCAGUUUCAUUCCUGUUACAUGCAUAUCUUUAUAAAUGAAGUAGCUGUUAUGAUGCCUUUUGUUUUCCAUUGAAUGUACACUACUGAACAGGAGUAGAAGUUAUCUGUUUACCAUGUGAGUCUUGAAACACUAAAGUUUUGUAAAACAUCAGUCAUGGUGGCAAUUUCUGUAUUAAAAAGAGCCUUAAAUGGAACGUUGUUUUUUGAGAUCAAAAACUGGCCACGUUGCAAUAAAACUUGUGGCUUAUUACA